GAUUGCACACAUAUGCGAAUGUAUACUCUCUUGAUUUAAUCAUAUUCAUUCGUAUGAAGUCAACUCUUCUUUAUAAUAAAAUCAAGAUGUUUUUAUUUAGAACAAGUGAAACUUUAAAUCAAUCUACGUCCAUUCUAAAUAUAUGGCGCCAUUUUUCAAUAAAGUUAACGCAUGAAGCAAUGAAAGCAUUCGAAUUACUAGGUAUAUCAACAUCCAGUACACCUGAGGAAUGUAGGAGAGCUUAUUUAAAUUUAGCUCGUCGUAUUCAUCCAGAUGUAAAGAGCGAACUAAUGGAUACUAGUAAUGACAACAAUAGUAAUAAUAAUAUCAAUAAUGAUUUUCAAAAGAGGACAAAUGUUGAAUUUCAUCAAUUACAUAAAGCUUAUACACUUGCUUAUGAAAUCUGUCUUGACAAUCAUGAGUCUGGUAAUGAUUACAUACUUGAACAAUUGGAUAAUGAUAUUCAAGAGUUUCCUCAUAAAGCGCCUCAACAUAGACGUUUUCUAGAUUUAGGAAGACAAGAACAACAUUUAGACGGAUUACAACAAUGUGUAAACAGUGGAAGAUUAAAUGAACAUCGUAAAUAUAUACAAUCACAGAGAGUGGUAAAAGCGUUACAAGGUGCUACCGAUUGUCGAGUGAAAAACCUUAUGAAAUCUGUGAAUUAUGAUUAUGACGAUAGUCAAAGGAAUUGUAACAAGUUAAUACCUAAAAGAUUGAGUGUUAGCAAAGAGAAUAUUGAUAUAAACACGCCUGUCCACGUAGAUUACAUUUCACGUACAGCUGAGGAACAAAUCCAAAGAGCAAUGAAUCAUGGAGAAUUUAAUAAUUUAUCAGGUCAAGGUCGUCCAAUUGAUUAUGAUAAAAAUCCUCAUGUAUUUGGGGACUCAACUGAUAAACGUCUUAACCAAUUAAUGGCUAAUCAAGGUUUCCUGCCGAAAUGGGUUUUGUUAAAUAAAGAAGUUAAUUCUCGUUGGAAUAUUGCUAUUGAUAAGUUAAAUUCAAUCUAUAAUGUAGAAUCUAAUUUACAUUCUUCAAUAUGGUCAGAAGCUUGUAAGGUAAGCGACCAUUAUGACAACAACAACAGAUAUUCUUCUUGAAUAAGUAAAAGAUAUAAUCAUUGAAGUGCUGUAAUCAUUAGUUAACUGUAGUUGGAAAAGCAGACCAUUGGAUUUCCGACUCAUUGGUCUUAAGGUAACACAUUCAUUACAAAACCAGGUCUCAAGCUCGAGUUUAUAUGAGGGUGUAGAUGUACAAUACUGAUGGGUAUCAAGAUUAUAGGAUAGACAAAUAAAUGAACCUUUAUAGAAACUAGUAAAUAAAUGGAUAGACUGAGAUUGCUAAACUUAUUAACAAAAUAAGUGAACAUUAGGAAUCGGGAAUCUGCACAAAGUUCAAAACCGCUUCUGUCAGCAGAUAGUCGGGCUUCGACAGUUUGUCUAGUCCAAGUUUUUUCGCAGUCUUCUCAACUUAAGUAAAAGUUUGAUGAUUCACUGAAGUGCAGUUUUAAGCUGCUUGAACUGUCCGUCACAGUGUAUUGUCUAACACCUGUUUCGGAAAAUUGUUGAUGACCUCUAUUAUUGUAUAGUAUUUUCAGCGAAAAUUUUCUUUUCGACUUCAUUUACUUAAGCUGUACAAUCGUAUCGUAUGUUCAUCUAUCAGUCUACGUGCUCAUGUGGAGCAGGUGAUAUUGGCCUCACAGAGUGAGGCCUUUCGAAACACAUCUCGGAACAUUACCCUGACUGGCUCUCCAAAAAAUUACAGAAUUCAGUCAAAAGCUCAAUCUUCGAGCAUGUAGUCAAUUCCGGCUACUCCACUUGACCAGAAACCUCCUUCAGAAUUAUACGUCCAGUCAGAAGAGUUGGCGCAAUACGGAUGUAAAUGAAAAACUUAUAUAUGGCAGAGUCUAUUGUUAUCCUCGAGUUUAAGCCUAAUUUUGCGUACAAAAACAGUACGUUCCAUUCCUCAUUCUCCUAUGACUCUAACUUCCCUUUCUAUCUUCCAUAAUCCAUCGUUUUUAUUCAUUAUUAAUCACUAUCCUUCCUACUCCUUUCCAAUUAUUUUCACAAUUAUUAAAUAGCAAGUAUCAAAACUUUUAAUUAUUCUGUUCUCAAUAACUAUCAAGUGAACAAUUAUUCCACCUCACCACUUUUCCACUAGCCAAUUAUUACAUAACUUCCUCCCAAUAUCUGAUUUCCAAAUCUUGACAACAUACCAUUUCAAGUUUUUUAACUAAUUAACGCCUUUCUAUCUCGCUAUAGAACACUAUUUUAGUCAAUAAAAUUGACUAUAAAUACAAUUUAACAGCUUAAGUAAAUGAGAUCGUCGAAAAGAAAUUUUCUUUUGCUAAAUUGCUUUCCUUUUUUGAUGUGGCAGAAUUAGCAGGUAAAAAUAGCUACUAACCAUUUUCUGACGUCAUCAUCCUAUCCAUUUAUAUUUUUGUCACCCAUCAUACUGCCAUCAGUUGUUGAGCAGAGUCGUAGCUCAUUCUCGUUAAAAUUGCCUUCAUACGUAAUUUAUAACUUGUUGUAAAGAUUCACUAACUUAGAUAGAGUUCUCUUCCUGCCAUAUUAAACUGAGUAUUUCGAUAAACUAUAAUGUCGUUACAUUUCAUCAACUGUCUAGCGAAUCCCUCCUACAACACAAAAUUAAUGCUUUCUUCUUCAGAAUGAUGAACUUUCCAACUGCCUACACCUUACAAGUAUUCAAGAAAUGACAUAUACGAGAACAAAUCAAUGCAUGAUCAGAUGUUAAGUAGUUACUCAAAUAAUACCAAUAAGCUCUCACCGUUCCUAUUUGAUUUAUAACAAUAUGAUUUAAUUGUGCUCAUAAACAGAUUGACGUUAAUGGUUAUUGGAUAGGACACUUUUUCUCCUUCCCGAUACUUAAAGUUAUGAACGAUUUGCUAAUGGGAUGAGACCGUAAAAGACGAUAAUUCUCAUCGGUUUGCCAUCAUAGAAUUUCAGAAAUACUCUCAAGAUGCUUUUCCGGUUAAGCUCUUUACCCGCAUAUUUAAGUCAAUCCCAUGUAUGACUACAUCUGUAUACUUGAUCUUUUGAAUUUAAACUGACACCUUUUGAUAAAAUUCAGGCCAGUUGUUGCCUGGACUGUAGUCAGUAGGAAAGUGUGUAGGCGGAGAAAACAAAUAGGCAUUAUUGUGAGUCCACUAUCUUUACAAGUUUCUAUAGAAACAUUCGGUAAGAAAAUUCGCAUGCUGUAAUCAUCUGAUAUCCAGAUAUCUUGCAAAAAACGAAUAUUAUCUAUAUGGUUUAUAUAAUCCUCAUAGUACAGUAGCCUUUAACUAAAAUGGCAUCACACCAUUUUCCAUUCAGAUUGGCAAACAUUCUACCUUCAAUAUAUCUUUCUAGAAAUUCAAUUGUUACAAUAAUAAAUUUUUUCUUAAGGAUUUCUUUAAAAAGGACCGAAUGUAUUCGGAUGGAAUCAUUUUGUAGGUAUGCUUUAUAAUUUACUGUUUCUUAUGUAUCUAUACCUUGUUAAGUGUGCAUUAACACACUAAACUCAAGAUCAAGGAGGAAGGCGAAAAAUGAACCCAACUGCACUGUUGAGACCGGUUUCCAGUCAUAUCAUCUAAGGUAACCAACCAUGGAUUACAACUAUCAUAUAAUUGUAAACUAGGAUGCAUAAAUUUCCCUUGAAUAGUUCAGAAUAUCAUUCGAAAACUUGAAAUUCAAGUUAACGUUCAAAUAAUAACGAUUGUUUCGGAUAUGAUAAAUUUCGUUCAUAACAGAUUUUGAGGAGGAAGUAAAAGAAUUAAACCGAUUACUUGAUCAAUACAAUCUAUUAGUCCCUAGUCAUCAAAUGCAGCGUUUUCAUUUGAAUAGUAAGACAGCUAUUGACCAACUCAUGAAAGCUAAACAAUCACACACGAAUGAGCAAAACAAAUGUGAUCCUACUACGACUCAAAAUGAAAGCAAAGACGGCGUACCACAAACUGAGGAUAACAAUCAGAGUUUAUGGGAUCCCCGCUAUAUGGCUGAAGUAAUGCGCGACUUUUACCGUGAAUUGGCUAGGUCAUGGGCGAGUAUUCUACGAGGCUUCAAAGAUCAUAAAUAACACCUUGUAUUACUCUAAAAUAUCGAUGUUUAUGUAUAUUCAUAUCACAAUUAACAAGUAUUCUAAAUCAACUUAUAGUUCAAAUAGGCUAAAUUAACAAAGCAAUCUCUCGUAAAGUAAUGAAAAAACAUUCGUAUGUUUCACACUUUUUUCUUAUCAACUUUAAUCUUCAUUUCAUUAAAGUAAAAAAACCCAGCUGAAUCUGAUCGUGUACAAAAAAUCGUUGACGUGAAAUCAAUCAUAAAAAACUAAUAUCAACUGCAUAAUCAAUGACGGUAGGCCAUGACACAUAAAGGACUAUCGAUUUUUCUAUUUUAAGACAUGCAAAUUUUGUUCAAUUCACAGAUUUUUAGUUGUUUGACUAGACUGAAUUGAGGCGACUAAUAAAUGAUAGGAAUCUCAUAUUUUGAAAUAAAAUAAAAAUCAACUCUUGAGAAAGGAGACGUGUAACUAUGAGGUCAAAUUAAACUUAAAAGCAAACACUAAUGGUGGUAGUAAAGUACAAGCUGUCCAACAGUAAACACGUUCGCCAUGGGAUUUUAGGUACAGUAUUUGAGGCUGUCAAGAAUGAUCAGCUAUUGAAAGUAUCAUAUCAAAAAGCAAUAUCAAUCCUGAGCUUCAUUGUAGGAAUGCUGUCCUUGCUUUUCCGAUCCGUGCCUUCACAUCUGCAUCAGUUCCUC